CGGAAGGCCGUAACUACCGUUAAGGUCUACCUGGUAAACACAACCCAAUUCCACGUAUACUUCAUGGAGACGCCUCCGAGAAGCUCCAGGCUGUCCAAGCGGCAGCUCGUGUCCGUGAUGAGAGCUCUGAGGUCGGCUACGUGCCAAAUCGGAACGAAGGUGGUGCUUCGGCAGAUCAAGGUCAAGUCCGAGAAGCUACAGCGCUCCGUAACGCCCGAAAUUCUCCGCAGAUGCAUCGCAAAGUGUCGGGGCUGGAUCCCCAAACUCUUGCUGAGCUGCUCGCAAAAGAAGCACGACGUGGGACUGAGGCACCUGCUGUUCGGGUUCUUCGGCCUUUACCUUAUUUCUCUCUACGGCCAUCGAGCCGGAGUGAUGACCAACCUUACCACCGAAGAGGUCCUGGAGGCCGCGAGGGGGGCCGUCUCUUCCUCUCCGGGGGUCGUACUCAAUGUAAAGAACCAUAAGACUGCCCGGGUGUUUGGAUGUGCUCAGGUCUUUCUCACCCACGAGGAACUGGGCUGGAUCCAGCGGUGGAUGGAGAUCCGGGCUCGGCUACGUCCGCAGUGCGAUCUGGUCUUCUUCAAUACCAACCAUCAGCACGUGAACACCAUCACUGCGUUCGCCAGGAACGCGUGGGCAGCGAUGCUGCUGCCAGGGAGACCCUCGCUUACCGACAUCAGGACCGCGGUGGCAACGAUGUGCAGGAACACCCACUCCAGUGAUGUCCGGACGCAGAUGGCCCGGGUCAUGUGCCACGACACCCGCACGGCCGACCGAUUCUAUGCGAUGCAGCUGGAUGUCGGCCAAAUGGCGGAGAUGAGGCGCAGAUUUGCCCAGUGCAUGGGAGAAGAAGCUGCAGAAAGUUCACAAUAAACUUUGAAUAAUGCA